UUCCUUCCCCCCUAAAUGGAGAGACAGGCUUUUUUUCCCUAUUGAAUCAAGGCUCACCGAGCUCCGGGGCCUGUUUUGCACAGUAUGGUUCAAGCGAGUGAUCGGUGCGGGUAAACUCCCCGAGUCUCUGCAAGAAGGUGAACGUUUUCAAGCUGCCCUCUCCGGUCUCUUUUAAAGCGCACUGUGCCCCCGUGAAUGUAGAAUAACUCCAGGAUCCCCCAGAUCGCGAAAUGUGGGAAUGGAAGGCGCAAACUUUGACUCGCCAUCGCUACGAGGAGUAUGAAGUUUGCCAGGCAGCGUCUACUUUGUUGAGGAUUAAAGUUUGGUGGAACCUAAGACGGUGUGUGAUUAUACUGCCCAAGUCCCAUCAACAACAUGGCCUCGGCUGUUAACAUUACGGAGCGCCGAAGGACAGAGGAGGAGGAGGACCAUGUUCAGCAAAACAGGAGGAGGAUAAGGAGAAACCUGCGGCAUCCGACAGCGGUUUUAGAUUAUCUGGAACGGCCGAGCUAUUGCGAUGCUGCCUUCGCGCUGGAUCAGAUCUCAAAGGGAAAGGCUACUGGAAGGAAAGCACCGUUGUGGCUUCGAGCUAAAUUUCAGGAACUGUUUUUUAAUCUGGGCUGUUACAUUCAAAGGAACUGUGGCAAGUUCUUCGUUGUGGGCCUGUUAAUAUUUGGGGCGUUCGCAGUGGGAUUAAGGGCUGCUAAUCUUGAAACCGAUGUCGAGGAGCUGUGGGUGGAAGUUGGUGGCAGAGUGAGUCGAGAAUUAUCAUACACACGAGAGAAGAUAGGAGAGGAGGCCAUGUUCAAUCCACAGAUCAUGAUUCAAACCACACCUGAGGAAGGUGCUAAUAUUCUAACAGUUGAAGCACUGCAGCAACACCUUAACUCUGCACUUAAAGCCAGCAGAGUGCAGGUUUAUUUGUACAACAAACCGUGGACUUUAGACCACUUGUGUUAUAAAUCAGGAGCACUUGUAACAGAAGGGGUUUUGAUGGCCCAGUUUAUCGAACAAUUGUAUCCGUGUCUAAUAAUCACACCCUUGGACUGUUUCUGGGAAGGUGCUAAAUUACAACUGGGAACAGUCUACCUGCCAGGGAAGCCACAGUUGCAAUGGACAAAUCUUGACCCCAUAGAAUUCCUGAAGGAGUUAAAGGACCUAAAGCAUGAUGUGGAUAUUGGGGAAGAAAUGCUGACCAAGGCUGGUGUGGGACAUGGUUACAUGGACCGCCCUUGCCUGAACCCCGUGGAUCCUGACUGCCCGUCUACUGCCCCGAACAAAAACUCAACAACGCCUCUUGAUAUUCCUCGUAUAUUAAGUGGUGGUUGCCAGGGGCUGUCUAAAAAGUACAUGCAUUGGCAAGAGGAGCUAAUAUUAGGCGGAACCACCAAGAACAGCAGUGGGAAACUUCGCAGUGCCCAGGCUUUCCAGACCAUGUUUCAGUUAAUGACCCCCAAGCAGAUGUAUGAGAACUUCAAGGAUUAUUACUACGUUUCGGAUAUCAACUGGAAUCUGGACAAAGCAGCAGCCAUUCUGGAGGCCUGGCAAAGGAAAUAUGUUGAGGUUGUUCAUGACAGUGUUGCACAGAAUUCGACCCAAAAGGUUCUUUCGUUCUCUACUACUACCCUUGAAGACAUCCUCAAGUCAUUUUCCAGUGUCAGUGUUAUACGAGUAGCUGGUGGCUAUCUUUUAAUGCUUGCCUAUGCCUGUUUAACCAUGCUGCGGUGGGACUGUGCCAAGUCCCAGGGUGCUGUUGGGCUAGCAGGUGUCUUGUUGGUUGCACUGUCAGUGGCUGCAGGAUUGGGCCUUUGUUCUUUGAUUGGAAUUUCCUUUAAUGCUGCAACAACUCAGGUUUUGCCUUUUCUUGCUCUUGGUGUUGGAGUGGACGAUGUAUUUCUUUUGGCGCAUGCAUUCAGUGAAACAGGACAUAAUAAAAGAAUUCCAUUUGAGGAUCGAACAGGAGAAUGUUUAAAAAGAACUGGAGCAAGUGUGGCCCUUACCUCGAUCAGUAAUGUGACUGCCUUUUUCAUGGCUGCUUUAAUACCGAUUCCUGCCCUAAGAGCAUUUUCCUUACAAGCUGCUGUUGUUGUGGUCUUUAACUUUGCUAUGGUUCUGCUCAUCUUCCCUGCCAUUCUCAGCAUGGACCUCUAUCGCAGGGAGGAGAGGAGGCUUGACAUCCUCUGCUGUUUUACCAGUCCCUGUGCCAACCGAGUUAUUCAGAUUGAACCACAAGCUUAUAGAGAUACAAAUGACAACCAUCCUCGCCAACUACCACCACCACCACCGCCACCACCAUAUGUUAAUCAAAAUUUUACACAUGAGACUCAAAUUACCAUGCAGUCUACAGUGCAGCUGCGCACAGAAUAUGAUCCUCAUACCCAGGUGUACUAUACAACUGCAGAGCCUUGCUCUGAGAUUUCCGUUCAGCCAGUCACUCCAACUACACAGGAUUCACUUACCCCACAGAGCCCGGAUACUGCCAGUUCAACACGGGACCUUCUCUCCCAGUUUACAGAUCCCAGUAAUAACUGUGCAGAUCCACCCUGCACCAAGUGGACUCUCUCUUUCUUUGCCGAAAAAUAUUAUGCACCGCUAUUGCUCAAACCAACGACAAAGAUUGCAGUCAUAUUUCUCUUUUUGGGUUUACUUGGGAUCAGUCUCUAUGGAACUACAAGAGUCAGAGAUGGACUGGAUCUUACAGACAUUGUGCCUCGUGACACUCGAGAAUAUGACUUUAUUGCAGCACAGUUUAAAUACUUCUCAUUCUACAACAUGUACAUUGUAACUAAACAAGAAACAGACUAUCCUAAUGCUCAGUAUCUGCUGUAUGACCUGCACAAAAGCUUCAGAAAUGUGAAAUUCAUUUUAUUGGAAGAAAAUGGAGACCUUCCAAGAAUGUGGCUGCACUAUUUUCAUGACUGGUUACAAGAUCUGCAAGAUACCUUUGACAGGGAAUGGAAAGCUGGAAAGAUCACCCACAACAAUUACAAAAAUGGGUCUGAUGAUGGUGUUCUGGCAUACAAGUUGCUAAUUCAGACUGGCAAUAGGCACAAACCUACUGACUUAAGUCAGUUGACUAAACAGCGAUUAGUGAAUGCUGAUGGAAUCAUCAAUCCCAAUGCUUUUUACAUCUACCUGACUGCCUGGGUCAGUAAUGACCCUGUGGCUUAUGCUGCCUCCCAAGCGAACAUUCGGCCACCUCCUCCUGAAUGGGUUCACGACAAGGCAGACAACAGGCCAGAAACUGCACUUAGAAUUCCAGCAUCUGAGCCCAUUGAAUAUUCCCAGUUUCCUUUCUACCUCAAUAUACUGCGUGAAACAACGGACUUUGUGGAAGCUAUUGAAAAAGUCAGAAAUAUAUGCAACAACUUCAGUAACCAAGGACUUGCCAGUUAUCCGAACGGAUACCCAUUUCUCUUCUGGGAACAAUACGUCGGGCUCCGACAUUGGUUGCUGCUCGCCAUCAGCGUGGUCUUGGCUUGUACUUUCCUGGUGUGCGCCCUUUUCCUCUUGAACCCCUGGACGGCUGGGAUCAUUGUAUUGGUCCUAGCACUGAUGACGGUGGAACUUUUUGGGAUGAUGGGCCUCAUUGGAAUAAAACUGAGUGCAGUUCCUGUGGUGAUCCUCAUUGCCUCCGUUGGAAUUGGGGUGGAAUUCACUGUACACGUUGCUUUGGCUUUUUUAACUGCCAUUGGGGACAAAAACCGCCGGGCAGUUCUUGCACUGGAGCACAUGUUUGCACCUGUGCUGGAUGGGGCUGUGUCGACUCUUCUUGGUGUUCUCAUGCUUGCUGGGUCUGAAUUUGACUUCAUUGUAAGGUACUUCUUUGCAGUCCUUGCCAUUUUAACCAUUCUGGGUGUUCUUAAUGGAUUAGUCUUACUUCCAGUGCUGCUGUCCUACUUUGGACCACUUCCAGAGAUCUCACCUUGCGAUGGAAGAACAAGGUUACCUACUCCAUCACCAGAUCCACCACCUCGAGUUGUGAGGUUUGCAAUUCCAAAUGAACAAGGGAAUAAUGGAUCUGAUUCUUCAGAUUCUGAAUUCAGCUCUCAAACUACAGUUUCUGGGAUUAAUGAAGAAUUAAAGCAUUAUGAAUCUAAUCUCAGUUCUACUGCAGCACCCCACCAAAUCAUGGUGGAAGCAACUGAAAAUCCUGUUUUCCCCAGGUCUACAGUUGUUCAGCCGGAAUCCAGAUUCCAUCGACCAAGACCUCAACCGUCCCCUCCACAGAAUAUCAAAUGCCAGCAAUCGCGGAGGAAUUGCAGGGACCAUGGUUUGGAGGCGAGAGAAGAGUUUCGACCGCCUUCUUAUAGGCCGCGCAUGGACGCUUUUGAAACUGCUCACGAAGGGCAUUCCAGACUCGGCAAUAACGAUCAGUCGAGUUAUCGGUCACAUUUUCAUAGGACUAGGAAUCCAACAUUCACUGCCAAUGGUGUUUCUGCACCAACAUACUGCCAGCCUAUUACUACUGUGACUGCCACAGCCUCUGUUACUGUUGCUGUGCAUCCUCCAAUCCCCAGCCAAAAUGCGUUUGGAGGAUGCCCACAUUAUGAGGAGUACAGUGAAACUAAGGCGGGAGCAUUUGUUGAUCCUCAUGUGCCCUUUGAUGCAUCUUAUAAAAGGGACUCAAAGGUGGAAGUUUUAGAGUUGGAAGACGAUGAAUGUGAAACACAGAGCAAUGGAAACAGAACACAUUAGUUGGAAUUUGUAAUGUACAGAUGGCCAAAGAUGGGAAAACAAUUACUUUGUGUAGUUUGAUCCUCGAAGCUGCAGGCUAUGAAUACAGGCGAUCCAGAAUUGUGAAAACAGUUUACUGUAACUGUUAAUCUAUUGUAUUGUUAAAUAUUGCUUCUCUAUAAUAUUUAAAGGAUGUACACAUGUAUUAUACAAAUGUACAAUGUAAAAUAGUAUAAUGUUAGGAGUUGUAAAACUCCUGUGAAUGGAUUGGGAACAAUUUUGUGUGAUCCAUAUGAUAUGUACAUUGAUCUGUUUAUCUGUGCCACAUUUAAGCUUAAUUUAGUCAUAAAUGUCAGCAUAUGUUGCUGCUGCUUGAAAUAUUGUAUAAUUGUAUAAUUAUUCUAUGCAAAUAUUGUUCAAGUGAUAGGAUUUUUGUAAAGGUACACAUUUUGUUAAAAUAUUUUAAUUUUGUAUAUCACAGAUCUGUGGUAGUAUAAAAUGUCACUGUUAACUUUCAAACACGCUAUGCGUGAUUUUUUAAAUGACCAGAUAUGAAGAAAAGCACGGUAAUCUUUAUGAUCUUAAUAGUUGUUUGACUCCUUGCAGUGUAUUAUACGUCCAUGUUGUUUUAAUUUAACCCUUAGUGUGUGUGUCUGUAUGUGUGUAUAUUUAUUGACACCCUGAGAUUCUUUGAAUGAUAAACUGUAUCUGCAAUUUCUAACUGUCAGGCCUAACAAAGACAGAUUUAAUUUUUUUUAAUUUAUUAUCAAUCUAUGUUUUGUUUGCAAAAAUCCCACCAGUAAGCUCAUACACUGUUCUCUUUAGCAAAGAUUUGUACAUUUGUA